AUGGCCGACUACAGAGAAACGUAUGACAGCGGGAGCGAAUAUUCGUCAGAUAAUGCUUUUUCUGAGAGUGAAGAUGAAGAAAUACAGACUUUACCUUCCAGUUUGAGCCAAUUAUGCGGCUUGACGAAGUGUGAAUGUGAGAACUGUAGAGCAAUGGAUAAUGACAGAGAAUCUAUCUGUUGUAAUGAGAUUGACAGUGUGAAACUAAAGAUAGAGCAGUUUAAGGAAGAAAUGGCAACAAACCUUUCGUGUAUAACCCGGCAUCCUGGUUUCCAGUCUGUUUGUCUUGACAGACGACAGAGAUAUGUUGCCUACAGGCAGUUAGCCAGGUGGUGUUGGGGAUACCUUGGAAAAGAAGUUCGAGUUGUGCUUCCCACGCAUGUGCAGUGA